GAUGAUGAUGAUGAUGAUGAUGAUGAUGAUGAUGAUGAUGAUGAUGAUGAUGAUGAUGAUGAUGAUGAUGAUGAUGAUGAUGAUUAUGGCAGUCACGACGCUCGGCGUUACGAGCGUACACCUUGA